AUGUCGAAAACUGAUGUAAAACCUGACGCUGCUUCUUCUUCUUCCUCUGCCGCUGCUGCUGGUGUGUCCUUUGACCGUUCUGCUGGAAAAAAUGGGAGCUACACUGCUCUUCUCAACUAUUCUGGCGACUUUCUUGAUGAAGAUAACCCAAAUGAGACUGACGAACGUGAGAGUAACGAGAGCCUUUCUGAAGAAGACGAUGAUGAGUCUGAUGAGAGUAAUAAUCAGCAUGAUUAUGGAGGCGAUAUCAGCUUCAGUAACUCCAUCAAUAACAAUAUUACUAGCGCAAAUCACAAUCUUGCAAAAACUGCCCCAAAGGGCAAUAAUACUAAGGACAAUAAAGCUGAUUCGAUCAGUAUCACAAACGAGUCAAAUGACUCUAUAGAUUUGAAUGAUUUGAAUUAUUCUUCCAAUAAAGCUCAUAAUCACCAUAGCGAUGCCAAAGACAAUGUCAAAAACAGCAAUAAUGACAGCGGUAAUAAUAGUAAUAUUGCUAAUAAUAAUGACAAAAAGGAAGUUACAAUACCCAAUGAUUUUUUUAAAAACCCAAUAUCGUUUGAUGAUUUCUCUAAUGAUAUAUUGCCAAAUCUAAAUGAUUUGAAUCCGGCUCAGCUACUAAAUUUGCAGAAAAAGCUCUCGAAAGAUUAUAAAAAAUUAUCUCUAGAUUUUAAUCAAAUUAGGCUAAAAAGAAUCGAUUAUUUAAUCAGCUUGAUUGACCAAUCAAAAUCAGAUUUGACGAAUUAUUAUCAUAGCUAUGAAAAUUUCAUUGAGAAUUUAAAGACAACAGAUGACGCUCACAAUUUCGAUAUUCUAUUAGAUAAUGAUAUGAAAAGCCAAAUUAAUUUAAUCGACAAUAUUCCAAAUAUUCCAAUUUUUAAUUCCUCAUUUAAUGAACUAAUUUUACCAAACUUGAUUGAAUUUAAAACAAAUAAAACAAAAUAUAACUUAGAAUAUAAUUUGAUUAAAAAAAAUACCAUUGAUCAAAUUUACCUUAUUCACCAGCAGUUUUUAUAUGACUAUUUUAAUAAAAAGGAAAAAUUUAUCAUCUCUUUGAAAAAUGAUAUCAUUUAUUUGAAAAAUUUGAAAAAAAUUAACAACUAUAAAAAAUUAUCAAAUUCUAAAAAUCAAGAUUAUUUAUUUAACAAUUUCAAUAAACUAACUCAUAAUAAAAAAAUAAGUGCUUUUAAUACUGAAUUUUCUUUAUUAUCAAGAAAGAGAAACUAUUUAUCAUCAGCUUCCACGAUAAAUAACAGCGAUAGCACCACAAACCCUGAUGUUAUCAAUAACAACAAUAACAUUCAUAAUAAUAAUAGCAUUAAUAAUAAUAAUAAUAAUAAUAAUAAUAAUAAUAAUAAUAAUAAUAAUAAUAAUAAUAAUAAUAAUAAUAAUAAUAAUAAUAAUAAUAAUAAUAACAAUGAUAACAAUAAUAACAAUAACAAUAACAAUAACAACAACAAUUUAAGUCUUCAUAUCAAUCAAAACGGUAAUACUACUUUGUAUAAUAAUAACGAUAAUAACGAUAACAAUAAUCAUAAUAACACCAACAGCAAUAAUAGUGGCACCGGCAGCUCUAUUAAUAACAACAAUGUAAACAUAAAUUCCAGUAUACAGAAUAGUAAUCUUGAAAAACAUAUUCAUUCAUAUUCAAACAUUACCAAUGAAAAUAAAAGGCGAAAGAUAUCAAUACUUACAAACUCAAGUUUUGAAAGUUCAAUCAAUGAUUUGGAUGGCCAACAAAACCAGGAUGAUGAAGAUAUUAACAAAAUAAAUUCUAUAAUAAAUUACUACUAUUCAAAGAGUUUAUCAAAAGAUAAUGCAAAUGCAAAUGCAAAUGGAAAUAAAAGUGCAAAUGGAAAUGGAAUAAAAUCUCCUUCAAAAAAGGAAGGCAAUAAUAAUCGCAAAAACUAA